UCGUUCUUUUCCCUCUUCCGCGCUGUUGGGGCGGCAAGCCUGCACCCUGUCUCUGGAGGAUUUAACACCGAAGCAGCAAAAAUGAUCAUCUACAAGUGUCUUAUCAGCCAGGACGAGAUGUUCUCGGACAUCUACAAAGUCAAAGUGUCUGAAAACGGCAUCUUCUACGAAGUUGAAGGAAAGACCGUCACCAGGACAGAAGGCUUCGAUGACGCUUUAAUAGGUGCCAACGCCUCCGCUGAGGAAGUGUGCGAGGCCAAUGAGUCGUCCUCCGUCUCAGGCGUAGACAUCGUCCUCAACCACAAACUGCAGGAGACGGCCUACGACAAGAAGCAGUACAUGGUAUACAUCAAGAACUACAUGAAGACCAUCAAGGCCAAACUGCAGGAAACCAACCCAGAAAGAGUGGAGCGCUUUAUGGCAGAUGCCCAAAGUGAAGUUAAGAGGAUCCUUGGAAACAUCAGCAACUACCAGUUUUUCACAGGCGAGUCCAUGGACCCAGACGGCAUGGUAGGUCUGCUGGACUACCGUGAAGACGGCAUCACACCAUACAUGCUUUUCUUCAAAGACGGUCUGCUGGUGGAGAAAUGUUAACUACCUGGAACUACAUCUGCUUUUCAACUGGCCACUGCUUCCUGAAUCCCCCUCCUCCCCCCCAAAGAGCAGACAGCAGGAGCACUAUUUUGCAUCAUGCCUGAACGGAAACAUUCUUCUAUAUUCACAUCAUGGCCCUCAACACCACACCCAAGGCUGGAUGAAUCAAACAUGAUCAGUCACUGAAUACAGUUUUUAACUUUUUUCUUUUGGCUUUUGCAGUGUUUGAUUUUUGUCCCAGGAUUAGCCCAGUUUUUUGUAAUUAAAAAUAAAAGGCAGGACAGUGAGAGUGGAGGUCAGACUCUCCCAGAAAGGUUUUUUUCUUUUCUUUUCUGCCUGUCGUCACAGUGUUUUAGCAAUGAUCCAUAGACAGGUCGACCACCUCAGACCUCUUUGUUUGGGUUUUUGGUUGCAUUAAAUAAAAUUCCAUCAUCCUUGAAAAGACUUCUGGUUUAAUUUUGAAAAUAAAAUCUAGCACCACCA